UUACAAGCCGAGCUCCUUGGUGCAGGGAUUAUUUGCUGCAUCCGUUUCUCCCUCUACUAGAGGUUCUUAGCGAUUUUCUUCUUUUAACGUGGCAUUUGGCUCUUGAUUCUGUGCAGAACUCUUCACUGGACCAUUCUUUGGUGGUGGAUAGCGAAUUUUCCCAGCAUGAGCGUGAAAGGCGCGAGGAAAGAUGAAAUCCUGAAGGGAUUCAAACUAAAUUGGAUGAAUCUGCGAGAUGCUGACUCUGGGAAGGUGUUGUGGCAAGGCAGUGAUGACUUGUCGGUUCCUGACCAAGAACAUGAAGCAAGAGUACCAAAAAAGAUCUUAAAAUGCAAGGCUGUAUCUAGGGAACUUAACUUUUCUUCUGAACAAGAAAUGACAAAAUUCAGACUUGAACAAAAAGUUCUGUUCAAAGGGAAGUGCUUAGAAGAAUGGUAUUUUGAUUUUGGAUUUGUUAUCCCUUCAUCAACAAACACAUGGCAAUCACUCAUAGAGGCUGCUCCUGAAUCACAGAUGAUGCCUGCAAAUGUUCUAAAUGGCAACGUGGUUAUUGAAACAAAGUUCUUUGAUGGUGACCUCCUGGUCAGCACCUCUAAAGUGCGCGUUUAUUAUGUCUGACCAAGACGUGGCAGCUUUUUUCUAUGCAGAAACAGUCUUAAUAAUAUCCAGGAUGUACAGUGCUGUCUUGAGCCAUGAAGACCGUCUUAUGUCACCUAGAUUAGUAGCUAGAAUGAUCUCUGUCUGUGUUGUGCUAACAAUAAUU